AUGACCAAAGAUGAUAAAAAUAUGCGGUCCCUGGGGCAACUCCAGUCCUCUGCAAGUCCUUCAAGCCCGUAUCCUCAAUCAGACUAUGGCGAAUUCCCUAGCUUUGGUGCUCUCGAGGAGGAAAAUGAGAUAAUUUCCACCGACAACAAUAUGGAAGCCACACCUGCUCUGUCCAAGGCGCAAAAUACCUCUGAGAGUCUGCCAGUCGAGUUAAAUAAUGACAAUGCCAAUAUGCUCCCUCCAUCGAACCCUCUGAACCCCGUAAAUCCACGAAUUACAUCUGAAGAAUACAACAAGCAAUUGCUGUCCGAUGCACGAAUGAGGCAGUCGAGCGUUGUAAACCCUGACUUUAUUCAACAAUAUUACCGGGAGUCCCGGCUUCAUCAUCUAUCGACCUGGAAAGCAGAAUUAAAAGCUCAACUUCAGGCAGCAGCUAGGGAGAAAACACAAUCUCGCGAACCUCGAAAGAAGCCGGUAUCCGGGUCAAGAAGAUACAUUCUCCAUGUUGACUUCGAUUCUUUUUUUGCGGCCGUUUCUCUUUUGGAACGUCCAGACCUCCAAAACAAACCUGUUGCAAUAGCCCACGGUGCCGGUCCCGGGUCUGAAAUUGCUAGCUGUAAUUACGUUGCGCGUGGUCAUGGUGUCAAAAACGGUAUGUGGAUGAAAAGUGCCCUGGAAGCAUGUCCAGAGCUUCAAGUUUUAUCCUACGACUUUCCAGCAUACGAGGAAGCGAGUCGUAAAUUUUAUAAUGCAGUUCUGGCCGUUGAUGGCAUUGUCCAGAGUGUUAGUAUUGAUGAGGCUCUUAUCGAUAUCACACACAUAUGCUUGGAUGCUGGUGGCUCGAAUGGCAGAGAUGUAUCUGAAGAGUCCAUACUUCGCGAGCAAACCAAGGCGGAUGAAAUCGGGCAUAUACUGCGCAAUGAAAUCAAGGAGAUAACAGAGUGUGCUGUUUCGGUGGGAAUUGGUGGAAAUAUUUUACUGGCUCGAGUUGCUUUGAGAAAGGCGAAGCCAGCUGGGCAAUUUCAACUCACGCCAGAUGCUGUAUUGGAUUUCAUUGGAGAUCUAAGUGUUCGAGAUCUCCCAGGGGUUGGAUACAGUCUCGCGGGAAAACUUGAAGAGCUAGGGGUACAACUUGUCAAGGAGAUGAGAGAAGUUUCUCGGGAUAGAUUGAUUUCGUUCCUAGGACCAAAGACUGGGAUACGGAUGGCAGAGUAUGCACGGGGCAUUGAUAAGUCUGAAGUUGGCAAUGACAUUGUGAGAAAGUCUGUUUCGGCAGAAGUCAAUUGGGGCAUUCGAUUUAUCAAUCAGGACCAAGCGGAAGAUUUCAUGCGAUCUUUAUGUGAGGAACUCAACCGAAGACUGGUUGAGAGUAUGGUUAGGGGAAAGCAGCUGACUCUCAAGGUCAUGCGUCGGUCACUGGACGCACCUCUUGAGCCAGUAAAGCAUCUUGGCCAUGGAAAGUGCGAUGUGUUCAAUAAAAGUGUUAUGAUCGGUGUGGCUACAAAUUCCACAGAUGUUCUGGGAAAGGAGGCUGUCUCCAUGUUACGGAGUUUCAACUUCUCCCCUGGAGACUUACGCGGAUUGGGGGUGCAAAUGACCAAGCUAGAGCCAGUCAAGUCCAACUCUUCUGCAAACUUGGACAGCAGCCAGCGAAAGCUGAAUUUUACCAAAUCUCCCUCGCGCAAAAGGACAAUCGAAAAAUUAGAGCAGCCGCGCAAAGGGGAUUCAACACCGACUCAAGUCAAUCUUAUGCUUAGCAACAGUUCCAAUAAAGCUUUGCAUAUCUCUGGAUCUCAACUCAUCUUGCCUUCGCAAGUAGACCCAUCAGUGCUUGCUGAGCUUCCUGAAUAUAUCAGAGCAAGACUUGUCGCUCAGGCGAUGCCGCAGCAACAUUCGCCUCCAGGAUCGCCAUGUCCACCAUCCCGCUCAGUGGCUCAAUCGACUGCGCUCAACCUUCCUCCACAGUCUCAGUUAGACCCUGAGAUCUUGGCUUCAUUGCCAGAUGAUGUACGCAAUGAAGUAUUAGGAUAUUAUAAUCAACAACCUGUCGCUAUUACAGCUACACAAAAAGUGUCCCGUGCGCAUCCAACAUCUUCCGGCUCUCUAACGUUGAAAAAAACAUCCUCACCGCCGAAGAAAAGACGCGGACGCCCUCCAAAAGUGUCUCAAGCCGAGAUCGAUAAGAACCUGACACAGACGAGCAUUAUUGCUCCGCGAACAGUUGCCGUCAAACAGGAACCAGUACCGGAGCAACUGUCCUUAGCUCAAGAAACAGCCGAAAUCUCAGCUGAGUUCUUAGCAGAAUUGCCCGAGGAUAUCCGGCAAGAAAUAUUAGAGCAGCAAGAACGUUCUCGUAUGCUGCGUUCUAUUUCUGCUCCUGCUCCUGAAUCUGUAUCUGAACCUGCAUCUGAAUUAAUGGAGAUACCAGAUUCUGUUCUCAUGCCUCCACCACCAAUUCCUAAAUCUUUACCCCUUCCUCCACUUGCGGCUCGACCUGUUUUCACCUCGCAGGGUCUAUCUAAAUUAUCAGAUCUUCGAGGGGCUAUUGGCGAAUGGUAUUCUACAUUUGUGACCGAAGGCCCAUACGAUGAGGAUGUCAAGGUUCUUUGUUCUUACCUUCGUCGCGUAAUUGCCGAUGAAAGGGAUAUUGAUAAAGCUGUUUCAACUGUCCGGUGGCUGAUGUGGCUCAUUAAUGAUUCUACCCAGCAAUGGUCUGCCAGAAGACAAUCCGCGCAAUCUCAAAAUGAGCUCAUCUCUUGGCCAGAAGCCGUUGCCAUCAUACAUAGGAACAUACAGGAUGCCAUGGAAGAACGAGGUUUGCCACCAGUGGACUUGGAAUGA